UUAUUUAAAAUAAUUGUGCUCGUAUAAAAAUAAAAAUGGAAUUAAAUUUAAAGAAUAUUAAAACAGAAAGUGAUAAUUUUGAGUAUAGUGGACAAACAAUAACAAGCCCUAUUUCAUCCCAAACAAUCCCAACUAAACCGACAAGUGUUUUUUCUAUUGAAAAUUUAUUAAAAGAUAAUAAUAAAAAACUUUAUAAUAAUACAUCGAAUUUUUGUUAUGGACAUGAAAAGAAUCCGACGCAAUAUGAAAAUUACCGGCAGCAUUAUUAUAAACCUUUAGUUGAGACUGCAUCAAAUCACGAAGCGGAUUCAAGUAGUAGUUAUCCAAUUAUUGAAGAUGAAGAAAUUAUUUCUAGUGAUGAAGACGGUGAAUUUGAUGAACAGUUAGGUGGACCGUCACUAAAUGAUAGUGGAUCAGAAAUUAAGAAUUCGGAUGAAGUGGUGUCAACAUCAAAUGAUGAUUUUAGUCGGGAACAGAAGAAUUAUAAUCAUUUUAAUCCAGAAUACCAGAAAGUUUCUGAAAAUCUUCUACCAAAUGAAGUACCUGAAUCAUAUUUAAAUAAUUAUGAUGAACGAAAGAAAAGACCACGGACUGCGUUUACAGCUGCCCAAAUUAAAUCAUUAGAAGCUGAAUUCGAAAAAAAUAAAUAUUUAUCAGUAGCGAAACGUUUACAAUUAUCAAAGAGUUUAAAAUUAACUGAAACACAAAUAAAAAUAUGGUUUCAAAAUCGUCGUACAAAAUGGAAACGAAAAUACACGAACGAUGUCGAAUUACUUGCUCAACAGUAUUAUAGUUCAAUGGGAAUUAUUGCUCCUCGUCCAAUAUUUUUAGGAGAUCGCUUAUGGUUUUUCAAUUAUCCGGGCCAACCACCAACAACAACUCCUCUACCAGGAGUAUCAUCAAACUAUCCAACGUUUCCUAAUCAAUCAUCAAUAUUACCACCAACUUUUGCACAUCAACACACACCGCUUCAUCCGCCACCACAGCAACAAGUCAUACCACCGUACUUACGUUUUCAUGAUAUUCAUGGAUCAAUGCCACCUGAAAAUACACCAUGCCCAAUAACACAAUUGGAAAAUAUUGGAAAACAUUUAGAAUCAUCGUAAUAAGACAUUAUAACUUAAAUUUUAAUAGCCGUACUGAUUAUUUUAUUUGUACUAAUGUAAAAGGGUGCCUUAUAUCUGUACAAAAAAGGGGUAAAAAAUUGUAAUAUGUAGAGAGCUAAGGGGUAACAAUAUUAGAUGAUACUCAAAUCAACUUAAGGUGUAUUGCUUGCAUUGGAAAUAAAUUGUAUCAGUUGUUCACCAAAUUUUAAAGAAUGAUAGAUUUCUAUUUAAUAAAUUUUUAUCUUAAAGGAAAAAAAUUGGCCACGUUUGGAUUUCCUGCAAAUGAAUUUGGAAAUCAUGGUUGUGUCCUUGUUACUCUUACAUAGCUGAAUGGAAUAAUUUUGACAGUCAAAAUUGUUUUGCUUUUUUCAUAUAGAAAAAAGUGUGAGCUUUUUUUAAAAAAAACUGCAACAUGUUACCCCCCCCCCUUAAAGCAUAAGUUUCUCCCCUUAACAGUUACUUACGUAUUCGAGCUCUCAAACUGAUGAGCUUUUUGUGAAUCUAAAACUAAUGUUACCGAUUUACAUUUCAUUUUACAGUUAUGUAAAUUUGAAUUGAAUUUUAAUAAAAAAAAGAAACUGAAAUACACUGUGUGUGAGAUAUUCAAAGUAUCUGCAGAUUGGCUGCGGAUUUGUGCGAGGUCUAAAUUAGAUGUAAUCUUUAUUUCGGUAGAACUUUUUCAAAUUUUGGCAAAUGAUAUAAUUUAAUUGUCAAAAAUCAUGUA